AUGUCUUUGUUAAUCGGGUCUCAUGACUCCCUACCAUACAUUGACCGUGAACCCACCGAUGCUGAGAAGGACAGAGUCCGAGCAUUGAUCAACAGAGAGCUACCUGCCGACUACCUCACCACUCCGCAUUCAUCUCUUGGCCCUCUCUCUGAAACCAAAUUCUCCGAGUUAUUCUCCAAGGAAAUCGAACGAGUCGCUGCAGGUCAGCCUAUGGAGGGAGGGAUUGACAUGGCGAGAUAUGAAGCACCUGAGAACGAAGACCUCGAUACUACCGACCCAAAGGCAAACCGAUUCGCGCUACGGCAGGCGUACAUCGCAAGCACGUUCCUUUCGGGCAGAACAACCAACCUCCAACUCCUGGACGAAUUUGGCAAGAACGCUUGGCUUGUCAGCAAUUCCCAGGCCGAAGAAAUUCUGCAGGAUCUAGAGCGAGCGCUUGCCAGGGUCAAAGCCGAAACAGACGAACUCAACAAAGCUCGAAAAGCUGCUCAAGAGGCACACAAGGGGGAGCUUCUCGGUUUGCAAGACACCUGGAAGCGAGGGGUAGGCCAGAUUCUCGAAAUCCAAGUCGCGACAGACGAGCUACGGCAAUUGAUCUAUGACCGGCAGCAUCAACUGCCUGCGCAUUGA